AUGAGGGAGGAUAGGAAGGGCAUUGAAGAUGCUUUUAUUGAGUACUAUAAGGAAUUGUUAGGUACAGCUCACGUUAUGGAAGGACAUAUAAGUAAGACAAUUAUUCAAGAGGGCAAGGUGAUCAAUAGAAAGCAGCAAAUUGCCAUGUGUGCAGAAUUCACUGAUGCAGACAUUAAAGCAGCAUUACGAGAUAUUGGUGACAAUAAGGCACCUGGGCCAGAUUGGGUAAAUACUACUAAUCUUUGUUUGAUCCCAAAGAUUGAACAGCCAAAAGAUGUCACUCAAUUUAGACCUAUAGCAUGCUGCAAUGUGCUAUAUAAGAUCAUAUCUAAAUUGAUGUGUACAAGGCUUGCAGCUGUACUUCCAAGCAUCAUAGAUGAAGUACAGAGUGCAUUUGCAGCAAAUAGGAGGAUUAUGCAUAACAUUCUAAUCUGCCAAGACAUUUUGAAGCAUUAUAAAAGAAAAUCUCAUCCUCCUAGAUGGAAGAGAGGACUGAGACAGGGUGACCCUAUCUCACCUCUUCUCUUUCUGAUUGCAAUGGAGUAUCAUACUAGAAUCCUGAGGAAGAUGGGCAAGAAGCACAGAUUUGAAUAUCAUCAUAGAUGCAAGGAGCUCAGCCUUACACGUUUAGUAUUUGCUGAUGACUUAAUGUUGCUUAGCAAAGGUAUUGCCCAUUUAGUAGUGGUGUUAAUGGUUAGAGCAUUGAAGGCCUUUGCUCAAGUAUCUGGUUUACAGGCAAAUCUUGCAAAGACAGCCAUUUACUAUGGGAAUGUGAAGGAGGAGAUUCAAGAAAGAAUACUACAACUUACAGGCUAUACUAAAGGAUAG